AAAAGUGUUUAACACCGUCUCAACAUCAAACAGUUCAUAUUUGUACGCUCGUACGUUUCGCUGAGGCAUACGCAAAUAAAGAAUACAAAAAUUAUUUCACCUCCUCACAGAGGGAAUUAAUAAAACUCAAGCAAAAAGAUUUCAAUUGUCAAAGGUACAUCGUUUGCAACAAACUCAAUUACGACGGUCGCCUUCUAUGCCAGUGCGUAUAAAGGUUUUUGACAGUUUAAUAUAGAAAAAAAAACACCAACAACAAAAGCAACGAAAGAAAAAGCCAGUCAACCAAGCAAUACACGCAAAGUGAGACACUUUUUCCGAAGAAGAACACUCUGAACUAAAGCAAAAUAAAAGGAGCAACAUUUCAAUAUUGUGAAAUCUGUGAUUUUGUGUAAAAAUAGAAGAAGCAAACAUGAUGAAAUUCUUAGUGGGAUUCUGCAUUUUGGCUGUGGUGGCCCCAGCCGUUUUUGCCGAACUUAAAUGUUCAUUGGCCAACCCUGAAUUACCUACCGAAUGGAUUGAUUUGCGUGGUGACUGUUUGGUGGCCAUGCGUGCUCAAAUCCAAAAGGAAAUUCAUGCUUCCUACCAAUACUUGGCCAUGGGUGCCUAUUUCUCACGCGAUACUGUCAAUCGUCCAGGCUUUGCUGAGUUGUUCUUCAAAUCAGCCAAGGAGGAACGUGAACAUGGUUCCAAAUUGAUUGAAUACUUGUCCAUGCGUGGUCAAUUGACCGAUGAAGUCACCAAUUUGAUUGUCACUCCUACCGUCAGCAAGGAUGAAUGGGAAAGUGGUGCCGAAGCCUUGGAAGAUGCCCUUAAAUUGGAAACCGAAGUCACCAAGUCCAUUCGUAAAUUGAUCGGUGUCUGUGAGAAGAAAUACAACUACUAUCACUUGGUUGACUACUUGACUGGUGUCUAUUUGGAGGAACAAUUGCACGGACAACGUGAAUUGGCUGGCAAAUUGAGCACUCUCAAGAAGAUGAUGACCAAUCAUGGUGCUUUGGGUGAAUUCUUGUUCGAUAAGGAUUUGUAAAUUCCCUAACCCAAGCGAAGGAGAGGAAGAGUACUAUAAACAGCACACAUUUACCACUGAACAAUAACUACAACAACAACAACAAAUGAACAUUUAUUAUUAAAACAUUCUGUAUAAGCUGUGCUUUUUAUUUUUGGUUCAAAUUUUGUUAAAAUUUAUAGUAUUUUUAUUUUCACUCAAUAGGAAUAUAAGAAAUGUAUUAAAAACAAAACAAAACAUUACCAAAAACAUAAA